AUGAAAAAAAAGAAGAAUGAUUUCUUGUGUUACAGGGUACCCCUGAAAGCCUCCAGCUGGUAUGGGCCUUCUGCAGAGCUAGUCCAGGCUAGGAUGGCUGUAUCACUAACAGCAGCAAACCUUCUGGCCCUUCAGGGUACACAGGAUCAAGAGAAGAUUGUGAUGAUGGAGCCAAAGGAAGAGGAACAGGCUCGGGAGUACGAGACCAGGCUACAUGGGCACCACUCUCCCAGUCAAGAGAUCUUCCGCCAACGCUUCAGGCAGCUCUGCUACCAGGAGACUCCUGGUCCCCAGGAGGCCCUGAGCCAACUCCGGGUGCUCUGCUGUGAGUGGCUGAGGCCCGAAAGGCACACCAAGGAGCAGAUCCUGGAGUUACUGGUGCUGGAACAAUUCCUGACCAUCCUGCCUGAGGAGCUCCAAUCCUGGGUGCAGGGACAUCACCCUAAGAGUGGAGAGGGGGCUGUGACUGUGUCGGAGGAUUCAGAGAAAGGACUUGAUGAACCGAGACUGCAGGUCCCAGGCCCUGCACGUGAACUUGCACAGGAAGAGCCACGGGAGGAGAAGGCACCUCUGGGAGCAGCCCAGGAGGCACGGAGCAUCCAGCUCCAGCCUAAGGCGACUCAGCUUAAGUGUGAAUCUCAGGAGACCCAGCCUUUCCCAGAGAGUGAACAGGUAUAUUUACAUUUUCCAUCGGUUGUUGCAGAAGAUGACCCGGAGCCCGAGGACAAAGGAUCAUCGCCACAACCGCCCAUUGGUGACGUGGAAUCACAGGUGGUCUCAGAAAAACUCGCCACCGGCGCCUCUACAUUUGAAUCUACCUCUGCAGUUGAGGGCACUUUAGAGCAGCAGCAGAGAAAUCCCAAAGUGGAGAGACUGAGGCGGUCCCCUGCCCAGGGGAAAAGUUCCAGGCAGAUGGUUGUCACCCAUAAGAAAACUCCAACAGAGAAGAAAGACCGUGAAUGUAGUGAAUGUGGUAAAGCCCUCAUUUAUAACUCACAUCUUAUAACCCACCAGAGAAUUCAUUCUGGAGAGAAACCCUGUAAGUGUAGCGACUGUGGGAAAACUUUUAAUCAGAGCUCAAACCUCAUUCAGCAUCAGAGAAUUCACACAGGGUAGAAACCCUAUGAGUGUCAUGAAUGUGGGAAGUCCUUCAGGUGGAGUGCUCAUCUUGUUCAGCAUCAGAGGAUUCAUUCAGGAGACAAGGCCUAUAAUUGUAAUGAGUGUGGGAAGGCCCUCAGUCAAAGCUCAUAUCUAAGUCACCAUCUGAGAAUUCACAGUGGAGAGAAACCUUUUAUGUGUAAAGAAUGUGGGAAAGCCUACAGGUGGAGUUCAGAGCUUAUUAGACAUCAGAGGGUUCAUGCCAGAAAAGAGCCUUCCCAGUGUUCGGAAGGUAGGAAGUCCCCGGACAGAAUUGUACUUUUGUCUAAUCAAUUUUAGGACUAGAUUCCAUAAAAGUUAUAAGCACCUUAAGGGUUUUCCUGUGUCUUUCUUGA